AUGGGCUCGCAACCUUCAAAACCAGGCGAAAUCACGGUGUUUCAACCAAAGACACAAAUUGACUUCUCAGAGACGCUGUUGUCUCAAUUGGAAUCUUCCAAGGAAACGAAUUACACAAGAAAGCAGUUGGCGGACCGAUACAUCGAACAGAGAGUGUCCGAUAGGCUGUCGGAGCUGGAAGAAGAGACUUUGAAAAAGUUUGAGAGCAAGUUGCAGAACUCGUUGCUUCAGAGUGAUAAGACAGAUGAAUCUGGCGUAUCGUCCAAUCUGUUGAACGAGAAGAUUGAAAAACUUAACAAAAAAUUGGACUCCUUGCAAGAGAUGGACAAAUCCAGGAGCUCGAAGUUUGGUGAGGAUCCAGCUAAGAAAAAUUUGCGUAAAUGCCUUUUGGAAAAUAAGGGGAAACCGCUAAACUGUUAUGUAGAGAUUGAGAAAUUCAAAAAAUUGGUCAUGGAUCAGGUCUAA